UGGGUGCGAGGUAACAUGGUGGUUUGGUUAUCGCCUAUCAGCCAUAGACAGAAGAAGGUUGGAGUUACUGAGCGCUUGAGUGGUCGGCUUUUUAUUUUCAUUUUUCCUUUGAUUUUGUGCUUUCGUUUGUCUUCAAAAUGGAGAUGGAGAAGAGGAUCAGUUUGGAGUUGAGGAACAAGACCCCAGCCGAGGUGGCUGAGCUGGUGGUGGACAACUGUAGGUCCAGUGAUGGAGAGGUGGAAGGGCUGUCAGAUGACUACAAAGAGCUGGAGUUCCUCAGCAUGGUCAACGUGGGGCUCACCUCCCUGGCUAAGCUGCCCUCCCUGCCAAAACUGCUCAAGCUGGAGAUCAGUGAUAACAUGAUCGUUGGAGGUCUGGACCAGCUGUCUGAGAAGUGUCCCAACCUGACGUAUCUCAACCUGAGCGGCAACAAGAUCAAGGAACUCAGCACUGUGAAGCCUCUGAAAAACCUGAAGAACCUGAAGAGUCUGGACCUGUACAGCUGUGAGAUCACUACUCUGGAGGACUACAGGGAGAGUGUCUUUGAGCUGCUGCCCCAGGUCAACUUCCUGGAUGGCUAUGACCACGAAGACAACGAGGUGCCAGACUCAGAGGCUGACGAUGAUGACAACGAGGGGCUAGACUCAGAGGCUGAUGAUGAUGACGAGCACACAGCCGGCCCCACCAGAGAUGGGGACGAUGACGAGGAUGAUGAGGGUUCCGAGGGCGAAGAGGUGGGACUGUCCUACCUGAUGAAGGAUGGCAUUCAGGAUGAGGAAGAUGAUGAUGACUAUGUUGAAGAGGAGGAGGAAGAGGAUGGAGUAGGAGUCCAGGGAGAGAAACGGAAGAGGGAUGCAGAGGACGAGGGAGAUGACAGCGAUGGAGAUGACGACUAGCCCCUCCUGUAACAGCAUGGGAUCACAACUAGGCCAGAACUACAGGAACAGGAAAUCGUUUUUUUUUUUUUUUUUGUAUACCAUAGAUAUUACUGUAGAAUCUAAGUGUUUAAUUUGUUUUGUACAUGUUCCAUACAAAAAGGAAAGCGGUUUAGAAUUAUAAAAUGGAAUGUGGUUUUGUAACAUGACAGAUGUGGGGAGGGGCUAUAGCAUUCAGACAAGGUGAUGUUUAACUCUGGUGAGAAGUUGUAGUGGCCCAUUUCAAGUCCAUCUGGUUGUGAUUGUCUCCUAUGCCAUGUUCUCCCAAGACUUUAGUUGUCAAGCGAAAAGCUCCAGGUGCUGUCUGGUUGGCUCAUAGUAAGGUUUAUAUGGGAGGAGCUAUAGGAGGACAGGCUCAUUGUUCUGGCUAGACUGGAAUCAAUGGAACGAUGUAUAUAUUUUUUUAUUUAACAUUUAUUUAACUAGGCAAGUCAGUUAAAAACAAAUUCUUAUUUACAAUGAUGGCCAACCCCUAACCCGGACAAUGCU